GGCAAGCAAGCCGUCGCCGUGCACGCUGCUCGGUGGGGGCGCGCCCCCGCGCGGGGCGCUGGUUGCUAUGGACGCCGCGGCAGUCGCUGGGCCGGGCCUCGGGGGGUGCGGCGCAGCGCCGGCGUCUCGGGACCCAGCUGCCUAGGACAAGCUUGCAACUGGGGGCGGCACCAUGAAGGCCAUCAAGAAGGAAUCCCGGAUCAAAAUGCCCACUAGCAGGCUGGUGGAUUCCACAGACACCGUCAAAGACAGGAAGCGAGCAAAGGCCCCUGAACAGCCAACACCCCCCAUUCAGGAAGAGCCGGAGCCUGUUAGCAAUGUCCUACAAGGAGAUGAUAUUCUUGCUUUAGGUAUCAAGAAGGAAGACUUGGAGAAGCAACACAUUCCUCAACUUAUUAGUCCAGAAGGCAAGCCUGCUAUUACCCAGAAAUUUAUCAUCCGUAAGCUCAAACCCAAGGAUUUGAGGAAGAAGGUUUCCCACUUGGUAGCACACUCUACUAAUCCGGACAUGACCGCCAAGCCCCUGGAUUAUUCUGGUCUAGGUGACAAAUUAGAUGAUGGUGACCAGAUCCUACCUCAUCAUAUCUUGGGGAGUCUCCAGGAUUUCAAGAGAAUUGCACUUGCUCGAGGGAACAUCAAGCUGGCUGAGAUGAUACACAUAGAGCCCUAUCAGAAGACUGUCAUCUCAGCUAAAGAAGAGCCAGAACCAAAGGCCCCAAAGGAAGAGAAGAGACCUCCCUGGGCCCCACCUCCUCAACACAACUCUCUGAAAAACUGGCAGAGGCAUGUCACCCUGUGGAAGAAGCAGCAGGAAGUCCUCAGCGAGCAUCUGAACAAGCCAGUGAAUGAUCUGCUGAUGCAUAGUGGGGAGACCUACAGACGGAUCCAGGAAGAGCGGGAACUCAUUAGCAGAGUACUUCCAAUGCAAUAUAAUGAGAAAUGCUGCAAGACCACCGCUGGGUUCUGGAGCCCACUGGAAUGCUUGGGCGAUGAGAUGACAGGUGUAAUCAUGACCAAGACAAAGACACAGUAUGGCCUCGUGGAGCCCAUCACUCACAUCAGGAAGCCCUGCUCCAUCCAGAUGGAGAUAGGAUUACUAGAUAAGAAGGAUGCUUGGUACCGCUACACCUGGGACCGGAGUCUGUUUCUGAUCUACCGACGCAAGGAGCUGAAGGACCUCAUGGCUGAGCUGGAUUUUAGCCAGCAGGAUAUUGAUGGCCUGGAAGUGGUAGGCCAAGGGCAGUCCUUCUCAUCCCAAACAGUGGACGAUUACUCAGUGUUUGAAAGGAACGCAGAAAGCUCCUCCUCGGAAGAUACUAUAGAUUUACUUAGCUGUUACCCUGAUUCAGGCCCCAUGCCUAUUCUUGGCCCUUCUCUGAUGUUCUGUGGGAAGCCUGCUGUCUGGAUCAGAAACAGUAACCCAAAGGGCAAGAGGAAUGUUGGAAUUGCUGUUCGCUUGACUUUCGAAAAUCUUGAAGGGGAGAAAACAUCUUCAGAACUGACCGUGGUCAACAAUGGCACUGUGGCCAUUUGGUAUGACUGGCGACGACAGCCACAGAUGGACUGUUUCCAAGACCUGAAGAGAAAUAGGAUGCAGAGAUUUUACUUCAACAACCGGGAAGGUGUAAUUCUGCCUGGAGAAAUGAAAAAGUUUACCUUCUUCUUCAAGUCAGUGAAUGCUGGGGUCUUUAGGGAAUCCUGGGAGUUUGGAACCCACCCCACCCUUCUGGGAGGUUCUAUCCUGCAGGUCAACCUCCUCGCAGUGUCCCUGGCCCAGGACAUUUUUAGGGAGGAGAGGUUGUUGCUGGAGAGCGAGCUGAAUGCCCAAGAGGCAAUCACCGUUGCAAAGAGUAUGCUGGAGGAGAUUCUGAGGGGGGUCUUGUCCCCAGAGCGCACACCAUCCCCCGUGGAUGCCUGUCUCACAGAGGAGCAAUUAUUUCAGCACAAGCAUCCCCAGUUGUAUUACAAGCAUCAAGUGAUACAAAAUUUGCACCAGUUGUGGCAUGAGUAUAUAAUCCUGCCCUUCAAAGCCCAAGAUCUCUGGCUAAACCAGGAUGAGCGCCUGAGCCCCAAGGCCCGUGGCACCACAGCUCCAACAGCCUAUAAGGGAAAGAAGAGCCCAGCUGAGCACCUGGCCCACAUUAGGAGCCUUCUCAUGGAGCCAUCUCAGCAGGAGCGUGAUGGCUACAGGGACUCCCGAGAUUCUUCCCUGCCCCAGAGGCAUGGAGGAGACCUCAGGUUCUCUCAACGGAGGAGCAUCAUGGAGGAGGUCCUGGUGGAGGAGAGCCCAGACCUGGAGGGCACCAGGAACCCUUGGGAGUCAGACAGCCUGCCCCUGCCUGAGUGGAACCUCAGUCUGGUGGACUUCAGAAAGGCAGUGAUGACACUCCCUGAGGAGCACCAGAGAGAAAGUGCCCUAGCCCGGCUCAACAAGGCAGCACUGGAGCUGUGCCAGGAUCAGAUGCCAUUGCAGUCCAACCUCCUGCACCAGCUGUGUUUGCAACUGUGGCGUGAUAUGAUUGACAGCAUGGUGGGCCAUUCUCUAUGGCUAAGGGUUGUGCUGGGCCUGCCUGAGAAGGAGACCAUCUAUGUGGAGGUUCCAGAAGAGACAGGUCGAAAAUUAUCUCCUACUUCAGAAGCCAAAACACCAACCGUGAAAGUUGGGAAAGAAGAACGAAAAGUGGCAGCCCAAGAAAAGAAGCAAUUGGGAGUCAGAGAGAAAGAUGACAAAAAAGGAGUCAAGACACCAGGGAAAGAGGACCGGCUCAAUAGUAAGAAGCAGAAGGCCAAAGACGAAAAGAAAGUAAUCAAAACUUCAAGUCGAGACAGGCUUGCCUCAGAAGAUCCUGCAGCAAUGGACACAACCACAUCUUCCCAGGAGCCAACGGAUCCCCAGGUCAUGGAGAAGUACACCCGACGGCUGUACACAGAGGUCUAUGGGCUGCUAGAGUCCCUGCUGUCCGACAUGAUGGUCCUGGCUGACGAGAUCAGCUCUAUGACUGUCUACAACUCUUGAACCCAAGCAACCUCACAGGAAACA